UUCCACCUGAGCGACUUUCACUAGCGACUGAAAAGAUUCUGAAUGGGCACUCCGGCAAGAUCAACACAGACACUUGCUGUGACAUGCAGCCUAACCACAGCAGAGCUGAUGAUGAUAAGAUCAUCGGGGGAUAUGAAUGUAGUCCUCACUCACAGCCCUGGCAGAUUUAUCUAACCUAUGAUGAUGGACAGCGCUGGUGUGGCGCAUCCUUAAUUAACAAAUUAUGGGCCGUGUCUGCUGCUCACUGUUAUCUUCCGGCUCAUCGUCUUGCUCUUCACCUGGGUGAACACCAUUUGUUCACUAACGAAGGCACGGAGCAGAGACUGUGGGUCGAGAAGGCCAUACCAUAUCCCAACUAUAAUGACAGCACAUAUGAUAAUGACUUCAUGUUGCUCAAACUGAGCCAGCCUGCAGUUUUUAACCAGUAUGUGCAGCCUAUACCUCUGGCAUCCUCUUGUGCAGUGGCAGGGGAGGAAUGCCUCGUGUCUGGAUGGGGAAAUCUGAUCAAUACUGGAGUGAAUUAUGCAUCCGUACUGCAGUGCUUGAAUGUGCCUGUAAUCUCACGCUCAAAAUGCCAGGCAGCCUACGGUCACAAAAUCACUGAUAACAUGUUUUGUGCUGGGUAUUUGGAGGGAGGCAAAGAUUCAUGCCAGGGUGACUCUGGUGGUCCUGUUGUAUGCAAUGGGGCCCUGAAGGGCGUCGUGUCCUGGGGUGAAGGAUGUGCUCUCCCUGGCCUACCUGGUGUUUAUACUGAAGUCUGUCGCUACAUUGACUGGGUCAAUGCCAUCAUAGCUACCAACUAAGAGAGAAAAUAAUACUUUAAAAUUUGGAUUUUGUUUUAUGUUAUAAAUCUGAUGCUUGAUAUAUGCCAAUUCUUUGAAAUCUACAAUCACAUCACACGUUGUUUCAGACCCUUAUUCAAGUAUUGACAGAAUAAUGUCAGCAAAUGAUCAUAAUUAUAAAUAACAGUUCUCAACUUAGAAAAAUGGUCAGGCAAAGGACACGUGGUUUGUUCAAGUUCAUUCGCAAUAUGCUUAUACAGAACAACCUAUAUUUUUAAAAUGCUUUUUGUAACGUGUGCAUUUUCAUUGCAUGAAUGUAUUCUGUAAUUAUCAUAAUCAUACUUUCUGGUGUCACCAUCCAUUAUUUGUAACCACUUAUCCUGUGCAAGGUCACGGGCAAGCUGGAGCCUAUCCCAGCUGACUAUGGCCAAGAGGCAGGAUACACCCUGGACAAGUCACCAAAUUAUCACAGGGCUGACACAUCAAGACAAACAACCAUUCAUGCUCACACCUACAGUCAAUUUAGAGCCACCAAUUAGCCUGACCAGCAUGUCUUUGGACUGUGGGGGAAACCGGAGCACCCAGAGGAAACCCACGCAGACACCCAUGCAGACACCCAUGCAAACUCCACACAGAAAGGCCCCCGUCAGCCACUGGGCUUGAACCCUGAACCUUCUUGCUGUGAGGUGGCAGUGCUAACCACGACACAACCAUACCACCCUGGUGUCACUGAAAAGUGGAUCUAAUUUCAAGUCUGAGAUCUCCUGUUUCUUUCUCAAUUCAUUGGAUGACUUUGGUAAUAUUACCUCUGGCUUGUUUAUUAAGUUAAAUUUACAUUAACAGCAUUUAGCAGAUGCUCUUAUCUAGAGCAACAUACAGUACAACAUACCCAGAACAGCCUGGGGAGCAAUUGGGGGUUAGGUGCCUUGCUCAAGGGUAUUUCAGCCAGUCCAGGGAAUCAAACUGAAAACCUUUUGGCCCCAAAGUUGUUUCUCUAACCAUUCAGCCAUGGCUUCCCCCAAAUUUGCAUCCAGAUUUCUGUAAAUCUGCUUUAUAACAAUGUCGCUUAAUAAAAUGCUAAGCUAAUAAAGAUGACUUGAAAUUGAAUUUCAAGCAAAGCACAUAAUAAAUUAGAAGCAGAGGGCCCAAGAAGUACCACAUCAGUAUAACAUUUCAAUACCACAGAUGGUCAAUACCACAUAAUAUACAGCUGUCACUAUCGGUUAUGAUCAUUGACCUUAGUCCGUAAAAUUAAAGUAAUACUUUGUGUUAGUAGUAGUACUUUGUGACAGGGAACAUGUGCACUAUAAAAUAAUUAUGUAGCUUAACCAAGCUCAGAAGCAUUUCUUGGUGCCCAACUCAUUUGACUUACAAAAUACAUUUAAAACCAUUAUCAGAAUCUAGGAAAUCUGUCACCACAGUUUAUCCUACUCUAUUCAAACUAACUGGUCCACUAUCAAUAUGGGAAGGGUUAUAAGGCCAUCUCAAAAUAAUUUGAACAUCACCAUUCUACAGUGAGAAGGAUUGUUUACAAAUGGCAAGCUUUCAAGACAGUUGCCAAUCUUCCCAGGAGUGGUUGUCCCAGCAAAUUCAGUCCAAGGUCAGACUUUUAAAUGCCCAGAGAUAUAAAGUAAAACCAAGAGCUACAUCAUGUGACCUAGAGAUCUCUGUAAUUGGUUUAUGUUCGUGAAAGCAAAAUCAGAAAAAGACUGAACAAGCUUGACUUUCAUGUGAGGUUGGCUAGGAAAAAGUCCCGUCUCUCCAAAAAGGAUAUGGCAGCAUUGCUUAGAUUUGCAAAAUUGCAUCUGAAUAAACCACAAAAGUGCUGGAACUGAUGAGGCCAAGGUGAUGUGUGGUCAUCAUGCACAGAACCAUGUUUGAUGAAAACACAGCAUACCACCACAAACACUUCAUACCAACUGUUAAGGCUGGUGAUGGAAGAGUGAUGAUUUGGGCUUGUUUUGCAGCCACAGGACCUGGGAAACUUGGAGUCAUUGAGACACCAGUGAACUCCAAUUUAUACCAGAAUAUUUCUGACAUAAAUGUGAGGCCAUCUGUCCAACAGCUUAAGCUAGGCUGAAAUUGGGUCAUGCAACAGGACAGGGAUCCCAAGCACACCAGCAAAUCCACAUCUGAAUGGCUAAAGAAGAAACAAAUGUUGGAAUGGCCAAGCCAAAAUCCAGACCUCAUCUCCAAUGAGAUGCUGUGGCAGGAUCUUAAGACAGCUGUGCAUAAAUGAAUGCCCUCACCAGUGUUGUGCAUGAACGCGUUCAAAAGAACGCGUUCACUGAACACGCUCGUUUUUCCAUGAACUUUGAACUGAACGCAACAACUUUGUAAUGAAAGAACUUGAACGUGAAUUCGUUCAAAUUAUGCGACAUGAACGACAAACAUGAAGAUGAACGAAACAUGAAACCUGAUGAUUCGAGUGGCACGUCUACCUGCAAGAUAUUUUACGUUCUACUACUUCACUGUCAGUCUGAUGUUGUUGUCACUCACUGCCCUGAGGUGCCGUGUGUGUGCAAUGCAUCAUGGAUAACGUAGUGUGAAGCCGAAGAUAGUGGAUGGCUCUAUGAUUUGGCUCCAUACUACGUUACCCAUGAUGCAGCAGAGGAGAGUAGGCGUAACCCAGCGUUCCCUAGCUACAGUCAGGCAGCAGACAGCGCGCACACCACAGCCGGCGCACACUCACGGCAACAUGGCCAGUGAAAGUUCAAGUAGCGGCACGGAGAACACAGAUGAGUACAAUGCCAAAUAAUUUUAGAAAUUUGAUUGUUGUGUGCAUACACAGAUGUGUACUGAAGAA